AUGCCUCAUUCCGAAUCACCACCAGAGUCAGAGAACUCGCCGAUACCCAUGGCCAAUGUCGACCAAGAGCAAGAGGAUGCCGUUGCUGAGAGCACAACCGCCCAAGUAUCGGAAGCCCAACAGCCAGCAGACGAAGACGUUGACAUGACAGACUCCAAUGCAGUCCUAUCGGCCCCGACAAAUGGCACAACUCAUACCUCAGAGUCAAAGGCUGAAAGCCAAACCGAGACGCCAAACAAUCAAGAUACCCCAGUACCAGAGACUGCCACGAGUGCGCCGAGCGAAAGCAAACCGGCGACAGGAGUGAAGCUCGAAGAGCUGUUUGAUGAGAUGGACUCUGACGAUGACGAGUUUCCUACUACCAAGGCAGCAAAGAGGGAGCCAGCAAGCUCGCCCGAUCUGCUCUCCUCGCAAAGCGACAUGGAGAUUGAUCUCCACGAAGCCUCAGAUCCCGAAGUCAUGCGCACAUUCUACCAGCGCCUCUUCCCAUGGCGAUACUUGUUCCAGUGGCUUAACCACAGCCCAACACCCACCAACGAUUUCGGCCAUCGUGAAUUCGCCUUUACAUUGCAGAACGACGCAUACUUACGAUACCAAUCCUUCACCACCUCGGAUCUACUCCGUAAAGAUGUCCUCCGCCUCAUGCCCUCGCGUUUCGAAAUCGGCCCCGUCUACACAGCCAACCCCCGCGAUCGCAAAACGCUACGGAACUCGUCAGCUUUCCGGCCCCUCUCCAAGGAACUCUGCUUCGAUAUCGAUCUGACAGACUACGAUGACAUCCGUACUUGCUGCGACAAAGCCAACAUCUGCCAAAAGUGCUGGCAAUUCAUCACCAUGGCCAUCAAGGUCGUCGACACGGCUCUGCGCGAGGACUUUGGCUUCAAGCACAUCAUGUGGGUGUAUUCGGGUCGUCGCGGUGCUCACGCAUGGGUAUGCGACAAGAGUGCGCGGGCGCUAGACGACCAGAAGCGACGCGCCAUUGCCGGCUACCUCGAAGUCAUCCGGGGCGGCGCGCAAAGCGGCAAGAAAGUCAACCUCCGCCGGCCGCUGCACCCGCACUUGGUCCGCUCCCUCGACAUCCUCAAGCAGCAUUUUCAGUCGGACGUGCUUGAGGCCCAAGACCCCUGGCGCACCGAGGACCAGCAAGAGAAGCUCCUCGCCCUUUUACCUUCGGAUCAGAAGCAACUUGUGUCCGCACUGCGCAACAAGUGGGCCUCAUCGCCCGACCGGCCGUCCACCCUGAAAUGGGCCGACAUCGACAGCGUCGCCAAGACGUCCACCGCCAAAAACUUUGACACCAAGUCCCUCCUGGACGCCAAGCAGGAUAUCGUGCUCGAGUACACGUACCCGCGCCUGGAUAUCGAAGUGUCCAAGAAACUGAACCAUUUGCUCAAGUCGCCCUUUGUCGUGCACCCGGGCACAGGGAGGGUGUGUGUGCCGAUUGAUGUGAAGAGGGGAUUAGAGAGUUUUGAUCCGUUGGGGGUGCCGACGGUGCAGAGUCUGAUUAGGGAGAUUGACGAGUGGAAGAAGCCGGAAACAAAAGAAGGGGGGCAGGAGCAGGAAGUAGAGAAACAUGUGGUGGAUUGGGAGAAGACAAGUCUAAAGGGCUAUAUUGAGUUUUUCCGAAGCUUUGUAAUUGGGUUGAUGAAGGAUGAGAGGGAGAUUAAGGUGAAGAGGGAACGAGAGGAGGAAGGCGGAGGAGGCGAGAGUAUGGAGUUUUGAUGUGUUGAUUG